AUGCCUCAAAAGGAGUCUGAAAUCAAAGUGGCUUUAAUAGAAGGAUGGCGAAGAGGACAGAGGUUAUUAGAAGAAUUCAAAUACAUGUUUAGUAACCGGUACCUGAGUAUGUUAAGAGAAAGAACACAGCGUAUGAAUAGGCAACCACACAUAGUGUCAAAGAAAAACCCUGAAAUAGGGGACAUAGUGCAGAUUAAGGGAGACAAUAACAACAGAAGUACAUGGAAAACUGGUAAAAUUGUAACCUUAUAUAGAAGCAAAGAUAGACAAGUUAGGGUAGCAUCAGUUAGAGUUGGGGACAAGGAAUAUAAUAGGUCUAUAGCACAUCUUUACCCUCCUGAAAUUGACUGCAAGGAAGGUGUGCAUACAUCAGACAGGUCUAUUAACAAAGUAAUCACUGAUAAAGAAUUAGAAGGUAGUGAGGGUGGUAUCCUUAAUAAAGGAAGCUCUGAUGAAGAAAGCAGGGGUUGA